CUCUCAGAGCAGAGUGGCAUGGCUCUUGUUUCCCCGGCUACACCCACUGGGCUGGUAUUAAAGCCACUUUCUCCUCCCAGGCUUCAUCACUCUGCUGCAGAGAGAGUAACACGAGCGAGCCUCCCGCCACAGGAACCGGUACUACUGAGCGGACUGCAGCCGGCACAGAAACAUGUCUGUGGAAACUUCAGCCACGCUUUCUCUUCUCCUGCUUCUUAUCUCAUUGACAGUGGCCCAGGACUGCUCCCAGCCCUGCGCCUGCCCUGCAGACCCCCCCCUCUGCCCCGUGGGGACCAGCCUGGUCCUGGAUGGCUGUGGCUGCUGUAAGGUGUGCGCCAGGCAGCUGGGGGAGCCCUGCUCCCUGCUGGAGCCCUGCGACCAUCACAAGGAGCUCUACUGUGACUACGCUCUGCUGAGUGACACUGAGACUGGCAUCUGCAUGGCUCAGGAGGGUCAGACCUGCGACCUGGGGGGGGUGAUCUACCGCAGUGGGGAGUCCUUCCAGCCGAGCUGUAAGCACCACUGUGUGUGUAUGAAUGGAGAGAUCGGCUGCGUGCCGACGUGUGCCAGCGACGUCCGGCUGCCCUCCCCUGACUGCCCAUACCCUCGCCGUAUCCAGAUCCCAGGGAAAUGCUGUGAGGAGUGGGUGUGUGAGCAGACGCCUCGGGACCACCUCUAUCAGUCAUUGGUUGCCAGAGCCUCUCAGAUUCACCCGUUGCCCUCUUCAAGUCCAGUCUCAGUCUUCAGACAAGUGUCACCCCAUGGCCCGGUCGAAGAGAGUCCCAGAGACAACUGUGUAGUCCAGACGACAGAGUGGAGUGAGUGCUCGGCCACCUGUGGCAUGGCCGUCUCAUCCCGUAUCACCAAUGAUAACCAGCGCUGCCAGCUGGAGAGGCAGACCAGGAUCUGCAUGGUCCGACCCUGCGACAGCCAACAGGAAAUAGAAAUCAAGAGAGGGAAGAAAUGCAACCGGACCCCAAAGGCCACGAGAGGGAUGCGCUUCGAGUUGUCAGGCUGUUUGAGCACCAGGCUGUACAAACCAAAGUUCUGCGGCAUCUGCACAGACAACCGCUGCUGCACGCCUCAUGCCACGAUCACAACCGAGGUGGAGUUCCAUUGUCCUGAGGGAGACGUCUUCACAAAGAAGAUGAUGUUCAUCAAGACCUGCUCCUGCCAUCAUGACUGUCCUCAAGAUAACGACAUCUUCCUGGCGUCCAACACUCGAAGGAUGGUCGGGGACUAUGAUAGCAAUAUGUGACGGGAGGGUCGUGCGCACACAAUCAACCCCACCCUCUACCUUUACAACUACAUACCUAACCUUCCGUGUAAUCUAGCUUUAAAGUAAAGGGUCACUAAUUCGUUUCUUCUUCUCAGAGACAACAUUUUCUUGCUGAACUGCUGGUUUGUUGUGAGGAAGUUGAAAAGAUGAUCAGGCCAAUAAUGAUCCAUUGAUAGGACUUGAAGACAGACCUUUAAAAUGAACCCCAAUGUAGCUUGUUUGUUGAGUUAGUAGAUGCAGCUCUUUUGUCCCCACACCUCCUGACCAGUCUGCCAGUAAUUUGCAAUGGGGUGGACAGACACAUUGACAAGGAAAUGUAUAGAAACAUAUCAGAGCUCACAGUUUGUUUUUUUCUCUGCAUCAAAAGACAAACUCACCAGAGGGCGGCUGCUACUAAUGCCACCUUGGUUUGGUGAUGGUAAAGAAGUACAGACAGAAAAAUGAAGAAAAAGAUAAAUGUGUGUAACAAAAGCUCAAAGAUCCACUUCCUAGAUCAUAACACCUCUGUUCAAAAAUGGCCUUUGCCAUCAGUUCACAGCUGGAGACCAAAAGGACAUUUGCAUCUGUCUCCAGAGACAAAGGUUACGUCUCCAAAUAUGUAAAGUACACCCAACUGUACUGAGGUCACAUGAUAACAACGUAGCCAGCUCCAACCACUGAAGAGGCUCAUGUGAACAACCACUCCAGCAUGAACAACCAUCAACCCUCUGAUACAACCUAUAGUGGUGUCUCCUGAAAUAGCGCCCUCUGGCAGCAGGUGACCAAACCUUGCUUGUUACAAUCAUAAACAUGGGGACUAUACUGACAGUGGCGUACCUUUGUCGCCAUGGUUAGUAUAAUAAUAGUCGUGGCUUGGUUAGGUUUAGGAAAAGAUCACGAUUUGGCUUAAAAUAAGUAUUUCCUCAACAUUAGACAAUCUUUGUUGUCACAGUUACAAUAAUAACAAUGUGGUUGAAUGGUCAUAGAUAAUAGAAACAACAUAAACUGCUACUUUCAACAUGGGAAUCAAACACCACCCUCUUUGUCUCUCUUUAUGCUACAUCACCGCACUUUUCCCUUUGCUCCUGUCAUAAUUAUUGCGACCACUAGAUGUCGCCUAGCAACAAAACUUAACUAUGGGUCAUAAUAACUUGCUGCACAGAUGACCUGUGGGCUCAUUUCUUACAGGACAGUCUCCAUAAGAAGUAGUUAAAACCUCUGAACAGCUAGUGAGUGAAACUUUGAGCUUAUAUUAUUUUGUUACAUGUACUGUUUCCAAAGAUCCAAGAUCAAUAUGUCUGACUAGCAUACAGUGCAGCCAUGUUGUGUGGUAUUCUGUUGCGUAGGAUUCAGCACAUUUAAUAAGUGACAUGGCUGCUGUUAUAGAUGCACAAACUAAACAAAGGCAAAGAGCCUGAUUUUCUUUUUGAGACAGCGGCUUUUAAAGCUUUACAUUUUCAUCACGACCAAAGGUUUUUGCUAUCUUCAAUUGACAAGUGACAGAGGUGUAAGAAAGUAGCUGUACCUUAACAAUGCUGACAAUAUGACAUUUAUCUUGAGACAAUGAAAAAAAUAUGACUGUCUCUAGAGAUGAAUGAGAAUGGCUCAGCAGCACCGCCUGUGAUCUUGGAGAUAACAGUGAAACCUGAAAUGUAACAGUGGCACAAGUAGAAAAGAAUCAAAAACUUACUGAAUAAUGUCAUUAAAGUUUGCUAACAUUAGCUAACAUUAACUCCCAUAAACCACUUCUCAUACAGGUACAAAUGUGAGAUGAAGAUGAAGUUUCUGCUUUAUGUGGCUGCUCUUUAAGUUGUGAGCUUGAUAAGCAAACAUGGCCGCUCCAAAACCUGCAGUUCCUCUUAUGACCACUAGAGUCUGGCUCCAACAGUGAGUCAAUCCCCAUAGACUCCCAUGUUAAAAUGUCCAACUUUUACAGCAGAAAUAAACAUGUUUACAGCCUGUUACAAAAACUGUUUUGGUCUCUAGAGCUAAUUUCCUCCCUUAUGACCCCUGUUUAUAUAACUCACCUGUUUACAUUUUGUUAAGACUUGUUAUGUAGAAUUGAGGGUGUGGCCUCUUUGAGUGACAGGUGGGUGAGCAUAUGCUUGCCAAAAACUGACAUCCACCAAAGUCUGAGCUCCACACACACCCCACUUCUUUGUCCAUUUUUGGAUUAGCUGGAAGUUAUAGGCAGAGUCAGGCACUGCCACGAUGGCGACAGUGGAGCAGCUCACUCUGAGCUUCAAAACCACUCUUCAGAAACCUGUGGGUGAUGUCACAGUGGCUACAUCCAUCUUUAUUUACAGUCUGUGGGCCAGCUAUAUUAAAAUGUCCCUAUGACAGUACACGUUCAGGCAAUGAACCAGUGAAUGACAAUCAGGAAAUUGAAUGAACGAAAUACCUCCUGAAAUGUACAGAACAUGACAGACGGGGGGUAUUAGCUCCCUGACAACCACAGUAAUGCUACUGGAGAAACUGAGAUACAUGUGGGAAACAUAUUGACAUGAAAUAUUAGAAUGACAUAUUUCUGAAAGUAUUGAAUGCAGGAACCCUAAGUAUGUGUAUUUUAAAAUGAUAUCAUGUAUUUAGUCUUUCUUCAGUCUGUUAGCCUGACAUCCAACUGCUGAUUAGUCCUCUUUAGUGUUUCCACUUUCCAUUCUGACGCUUUGGUCUAAAGGCCAGUAGAAGAAAGACAAAUGUGUUGCUGUUAUUUCUAUUAUUUACUGUAUAUUUAAAAAGAAAAGAAGGACGGACCAAUUUAACAUUUGGCAAAUACAGCUUGUGUAAAUACUGUAAGACUGUGUACAGUUUUAUACUAUAAUUUAUGCAACUUGUUUAACACAGUGUUAAGAGUUCUGUAACUGUAACCAUGAUGCUUUGUGUUUUCACUGUAACCACAUGACAAAGAUACAAGUGACUAAUUGUCUGUUGCACUUUUGCUUUUUUCAAUA